AAGGCGUUUUGCCGAGAGACUGUAAAGACGUACAGCAGAGAGGUUCGACUUCGAGCGGAAUGUACACGAUUCAACCUGAUCAUAACGGCUGGCCCUUCCAAGUCUACUGUGAUAUGGUGACUGAUGGCGGUGGUUGGACGGUCUUCCAACGCCGUUCGAAUGGUUCCGAACAGUUCCGACGCGGCUGGGCCAGCUAUCGGAGGGGCUUCGGCUCAGCCGAUGGCGAGUUCUGGCUCGGCCUUGAUCGACUACAUCGACUUACGUACCAAGACGAAUACGAACUCAGGGUCGAUAUGUCCGACUUCGACAACAUCGCAGUGCAUGCUGGGUAUACAUGGUUUAGGGUAGACGGCACAGCGUCAAAUUAUAGGCUACACGUUGGAGAAUACAAUGGAAUCGCAGGUGAUGCACUGUCCUACCACGAUGGUCAAGAGUUCAGCACGAACGACCGUGACCACGAUUCGACCAAUACGAGCCACUGCGCCAGAGACUCCGGCGAAGGAGGGUGGUGGUUUAAUCGCUGCCUUGAGGCCAACCCGAACGGUCUCUACCUCGGAGGCCACACGGAAAGGACACGAGAGGGCAUCGUGUGGACACCAUGGAAAGGGGCGAAUUACUCGUUGAAGACGAUACAACUGAAAUUGCGCCCAGUUGCAGAUUAAAGGAGAAAGAAAAUACAGCGGCAGUCAUGGUCCAGCUACAUUGUGUAGCCAGUCACAUCCAGAAGAGACAUAUACUCGAUUGAAUAAAUAAGGACACUGAAAGAGAUUUGGUGAGGACCCCUAAAGACAAAGAAGUGUCAACCAGAAGUCAACAAGAGGAGCGAUUUGUAGACUUGUGGUUUGGCGAUAUGACCGACAUUAAAGAAGCCAAAGAACUUGGCUACAUGCUGCGUAUUACGACAUUAGACGAUUU